AUGAAUCAUGAAUAUGACGACGAUGAAGAUGAGAUGAGAAUGGAAGAUGUAGACAUGGCAGAUGAUGACGAGACGGAGAGUUUUGGAGCUCCAGGAGUUUUCAAGCCUUCUUCUGCUUUGAAGUAUCGGGUAGACAAAUUGAAAACCGAAGACAUUGUUUCCACCCUCGAUAUCAACUGUAAUUAUUUUGGCUUCCUUUCGAUGUCGUUAGGCUCCUUGAAAUCGGAAUACUGUGAUUCGAAGACUCAAAACGAUAUAUUCUUCGUCGAGAACUCUGGAAAAAUGGAAUGUUACAGAUUUGUUGUUGCAUUUGAGGUCGAUGGCUUAAAAAAGGUAUUAGCUGAACCUAUACGCUCCACAGAGGAAAGGUUUCUGUCACUUCGCACUGGAGUGGAGGAGCUCGCUGACACAGAUCUUCACUACGGUCUAACAGUUCUAAAAAUGAUGGACAGCUACGAAGGAAUUACGUGCGGAAGGUUAACAGGAGAGAGAUCAAUCAUUGCGGCUUCAUCAAUACAUUCCAUUGCAUGUUACACUUAUAGCGAUGAUUCCAUCAUAGCUUUGGCCAUCAACGGAAUAGCUGUUCAUAAUUGA